GAACGCGUGUAUUACUGCGCGACUACAAUUCCAGUAUGCCACCAUCGCCAAGCUCGAAGAUGAACAAGCGCUGCCGCUUACUCGAACUCGCCGCAGAGCUACGAAAACGGAUCUACGAACACGGGCUCGUCGAAGAGCAUUCCAUUACGAUCCACCGCAACAAUAUCGCUCAGCCAGGCUUGCUUCGCACCUGCCGCCAGAUUCGCGAAGAAACUAGAUCCAUGUACUACUGUCGAAACAACUUCAGAAUCGAAACCGGAGCAUACGAUGUCAGACCUGCAAAGAUGUUCUUCAAGCAGCCCGAAGGCUUCUGGAGUAACUACGGCCAGUAUCAAACAAGCCUGACCGUCUAGGUGAUGUGGAAUACGGCAUUCGUCACUCGAGACCACCAUGGAUGGGAUCGGGCUCUGAAGUGGUUGAAGGCUUACCAUGAAAACGAAACUCCGCCAUAUCUUUGUCCACACAAAGACCAUGGUGAAGGAUUCUGCGAGGACUUUGCCGUCGCGUUUGACAUGGUGAGAGCUAUGGCGUGGAGUGGUAUUGAAAAGGUGCUCGAGAAAUACAGGGAAGUUGCCAAUGAGGAGUAUGAGGAGUAUGAAGACUGGUCUUGAUUCUUGGGAUGAUAUGAGCUUCAGAGAUACAUGGACUUUGAUAAUCAUCCUGCGAUUGGAGCAGUGUUUCAAAUCGGCCGAAGAUGUUCUCCAGGCAAGGAAUCUGGAUGGGAUCGGAUCCAAACUUCCAAGUACUAAAGCCCUGAACAAAGCGCUGACAGCUAUCGAGUUGCUGAUCGCCAUAUCAUGGGCUUCGGCAUGUGGACUCAUCCAAUCUGUAUCUGAGGCUUGGACGCCUUGCCCUCGACGCUCCCACCGACGAGAAGCUGGUGAGACUGCUUUGUCAAUCACAUAGUACCUAUACUGACCCUCAAGAAGUUCC